AAUACGACUUACGAGUCUUCUCAGACAUUUACGAUGUAGCUCUCUCAAGUCUCAACUGUAACUCCACAUGAGAAUUAAGCUCCCCCUCUCAUCCAAUGGUCGGCAAGCCCUAGGAAGAACCGAGUCCCCGCGUGGAGUGAGGGAACAGUCGCACGGGUUCCUAGUUUCGGCAAACCAUCCUGAACCCCCUCUGCAACCGAGGCCAUGAUGCGUGUCGUGGAUGGCGACGGUGUGCCUGCGGGUGUUUUGGUUCUUAUUCUUGCUCGAUGUGAGGGCUGUUUCUUCCGCCAUUGCUAUUUAUCUCGCUGUCAUUUGAUCUCUUGCAUUCUUUUUUUGCAAAGUACAGUACCUAUUCAAUUCAUAAAAUAACCCCCCAAAACCGUCAUCAUGCCUGGCGCCCCUCCACCACACGUCGCGAUCCCCAAGAGCUAUCAGAAUGUGGGCUUCAAGCAUACCAAGAUCUCCCACUACCCGGCGUCAUCAGCGGAAGUGACCCCCAUCGUCAUCUUCACGCUGUACCGCCCGGGCAAGUACAAUGCCUUCACCGAGACCAUGAUGGAUGAGGUCGAGCAGGCGUUCCAAUGGUUCGACCUCGACGACCGCGUCAAGUGUGUCAUCACCACUGGUGAUGGCCGGAUAUUUUGCGCCGGAGCCGAUCUGGAGACCUCGUUCAAGGGCGGAUAUGAGAAGCCGAGCGACCACCGUGACGGUGGCGGCCGUUGCUCCCUCGCCAUCCACCGCUGCCGUAAGCCCACUAUCGCCGCCAUGCAAGGCUCCGCCGUCGGCGUCGGCAUCACCAUGACCCUCCCGAUGACGAUCCGCAUCGUGUAUGCGCAAGCGAAGAUCGGCUUCGUGUUCGCGCGCCGCGGCUUGAUCAUGGAGGCGUGCAGCGCCUUCUUCCUGCCGCGGCUGAUCGGCAUGUCGCGGGCCCUGCACCUUGUCACCACCGGCGCGACCUACCGCGCCGAUGACAAGCUCUUCGGCGACCUGUUCAGCGAGACGCUGGACGCGCCGGAGAAGGUGCUCCCGCGCGCGCUGGAGAUCGCGGAUGAGAUCGUGAAGAAUACGAGUGUGGUGAGCACGCAUUUGAUGAGGGAAUUGAUGUAUCGGAAUCCGGGGUCCGCAGAGGGGACCCAUUUAUUGGAUUCUAAGCUUAUUUUCGAGAUGUUUAGCAACCCGGACAACAAGGAGGGUGUUGCGUCAUUCAUGGAGAAGCGCCAGGUCAACUUCAAGGGCACUUUGGAGGACGACGGUCCGGUUUCGUACCCCUGGUGGGAACCCAUUGAUGUCGUUCGCGGCGCCAAGCCGGUCGGCUACCAGUAUAAGCCUAAGAUUUAAAUUAGUUAUCCAGUGUAUCCGUUGUAUCCAUUGUAUCCAUUGUAUCAAGUGGCAAUCAUAGAAUUUCAAAAUUCGCAGCAUUUG